UGUUAUUAGCAGAGAGAAGCUCUACGCAGCAUAAAAAAAGGUUUUCAGACAAAUCUUCGAAACUAGCAGCAGCAGAUCUUCUUUAUGAUGGAUCAGGACAACUUCGAUCAUCGGUGUAAUGAUUCAGACGAACAAGAUCAUACUUCAAUGACCAUUGAGUUUCUCCGUGCACGUUUACUUGCUGAAAGAGCUGUUUCCAAGAGCGCAAGAGCUAAGCUUGAUGGCCUCUCUGAUAAAGUAGCAGAGCUGGAAGAACAGCUCAAGAUUGCGUCUUUACAGAGAAAAAAGGCUGAACAGGCUACUGCUGAUGUCCUUGCUAUCCUCGAAGAACACGGGUUUCGUGAUGAUGCUUAUGAUUCAAGCUCUGAUCAAGAAAGCUACUCUCAGACUACUAACUCAGUGUCUGCCAAAAGUCUAUCAUGGAAAGGACGCAGGAGAGAAGCUGGUUCUUCCGAGUCCCGUAAUAGGAGACAGAGAGGCUUCGUGUCUGCUUACUUUUCCUCUCCUAGACACCACCGGCAAGGAAGAUCUUGUCGACAAAUAAAACGCAGCGAGUCAAGAACUGUAUCUGAAGAUCAUAAGAGAGAUGGAGAUACAGUUGUUGAUCUUCAAGGAAAAGAAGUGCUUCCUAAAACGAGUGAAGAAGCAUCCACAACUGUGGUUGAUGUUGUUACUGUGAGGAAGGGGGAAGAAAGCUUGCAGAAGCUGUCAUCAUGUUCACAUGUGUUAGAGAAGGGAAACAGUAUGGACGUCAAGUUGGAGAAAGCGUUAAGAAAACGUGCACAAGUUGUUGGAUCUUAUGAAGAUAUGGAAGAGACUCAGAAGCAAUGGGAGAAGAAGUUCACUGAGAAUAAAUCAUCUCCCCUGGAUGUAUGUGAGGUAGGAAACCAUUCAGAUGUGACGGAUGAAAGUAAUGGAGAAAAAGCUCAAGGUUCCACACUAGUACUACUACCCUCACUCUGUGUUACAAAGUCUAUGGAUAAUUCAGUAACAUCACCUGAUAAGUGCUGCAAAAGUUGCGGUUCCAAAUCUGUGGAACAAAAUGCUUCUCCUUCUGGUUCUGGAGAACAUAUAUCUGAGAGUCCUAAAACUGAGUCUUCCCAUCCACAGAGCUGUAAAGGUUUCUCUGAGCCAUCAACUAUUCGGUCACCUCCUGUUACGAAACUAGAUUAUCCCUUAGUUCCAGCGGCAAAGGAAAAGUCUGAUGCUGUGCUCACUGCGUUGAAGCAAGCUAAGCUGUCUCUGCAAGAGAAACUCAGUAGCUUACAUAUCAGAAAACCUGAGUAUAUCUCUGAGAGCUGUUAUCCUUCAACCCCAGGUUCAUAUACGAACACAUACGCACUAACUAUAGAGCCAACAUUUGGUACCACACCAUCUCUCCCUGCUUCCAACGUUGGUUCCAUGCUAGAGUUUCCUGUUGUCUGUGCUGGACUUUUCAGAGUACCCACUGAUUUUUCUCCUGAUGCAUCAACGAGGAACAGCUUUUUAGCCUCGAGUUCUCAGAAAGCUCUUGUCAACCAUUUACCUGAGAGAGACAUUCCUUUGUUACCUGGAGUUCAGCUUUUCACCAGAACUUUACUAGACACAGAGCGGCCUUUGACGACCCCAUACAUUGGUGGACCAAAACUAUGGACAGGCUUCAGGGAAGAUGGUCAACCGGUUGUGGAUACUCAAGAAGCCAGGCUUUAUAAAGGCGCGCCAAGGGUUUCAGGGAGUGUCAGAACAUCUGGUUUUGAAGGUAACCAACUUUCCUCAACUAGCUUCAGCUUAGAAAGACAAGUAAGUACACAUACUCCCCUGUCAAUGUCACCUAGUCGACGCGUGUAUCCAGAUUCAGUUCUGCGUAGUAGAGAAAUGUGUUCGACUCCUUAUUACACGCGUGCGGUUGGGCUGCCUCCUACUGGUGGUUCAAAUGACGACUUAUUUAGGCGAGCAUGAUUGAUUCUGUUGUUGUGUACCAUGUUUGUAGACUGUACCGGCUUUGUAUGAAUUUGGACACUACUGUAAAGAAGAGGCAAAAAGUGAUGUAUGUGAUUCAUAGCUUUUGUAAUUAUAGGUCAUCAGUACGGUGGUUUUAAAUCAAGUUUUCUUGGUUGUUUUGUAUC